AUGAACUGGGAUCGGGCAAAAUCAAUGCUGAAUGCGUUUGGUAAGUUAAAUAAAUCAUUACAGGUUCAAGAACUAAAAACGAUGGAUAAUAAAGCAGAAGAGUACAAGUUUAUUGUUGCAUACCACUUCAAGGAGUUGAAGGAUAGGAAGAGUGUUGUUCUGAUGGAUAAGUUCGGAGUACAUGAUGGAGACAGUCGGUAUGAGUUUGAACUCAAGGUAGUUAAUGAGAUAAAACGGUCUGGGCUGUUAUUCAGGAACAUAUGGAACGAGUUUUAUCACAAUUUCUACGACGAGUUGAUCAACGGCCCUGUUAAUGGCGUGGUAUUGGCCAUGCGGUUCAGAUGUGACGACUUUGGUGUUAUAUUUGAGAAAUUGUACGAGUGCAAAGUGCUAGAAACACAAUUUUUGAAAGAUAAUUUGGAGCUUGUCAUAGGAAAAUUGCUGGGCAGCAGCUCAUUGGAUGACUUUGGCCUAAAAAUAUGUGAUCAGCUGCAGAAUGACAUAUACCAGCAUCUUCAGAUGGAAAUAGACAGCGGAAAAUAUGAUGACAGAGAAGGUUUCCAACCAUUUUACUCAAAUAAUUUGUUACAAAGCGCGGUCGCGAAAAGAAAUGAUUUGAAUGCUUACAAAUGGCUGUGCUUAAGAGGUACUUGCGAUCAGUACUACAUUCUUAAUCGGCUGUUCGCUUUCUAUGAAAGAGGAGCUAUCACGAAUUACGGGGAUAUACUCGAAUAUAAAAUGAAAAUUGAUCUUGGCACAUUUGAAAGGUUUAUUAACUCUAACAAAUUGAUAGGUCGUGAGGUGUUUGUGUUUCUGUCUAACUUCACGUCGCUGGUAUCACCUGAUAUUCUACGUGUCGUUGAUGUGAAGAUGGCAGAUUACUUAGCUCCGUUUUUGAGAAAAAAAUGUGUUAUAUCACUGCCUAAGGGCUGUUACGAGAUAGAUCUGAGAGACGAACAGAUAUUUCUGCUGGAAGAACUUGGUGACAAUGGCAAAAAUUUGGCUGAACCGAAUGGAAGUAAAUCACGGAUGGACAGGCACAGGAAAAAUGAGAAAUUGCUGGUAAAACUGCUCGAUUACGACUGCAUCAAACGAUCUGUUAUUAAAAACUUCAAUCCAUUCAAUUACACGAUCGAGACAUCGCUGCAAAUCAUGAAAAAAUAUAAAAUAGAGAGAUGGAGCUUUUAUUCCUACUGCCUUGCCAAUGUGGCAUAUCUGAAAUCAUUGUUUCUUGAUUACUAUGUCUCGGGACAGAGCAUACCGGAAGAAAUCAUUGAAUGCGAGAGUACCUGCGAAAAACCGACAGAAACGGACGCUAUCGUUUAUAAAUCACUGGAAAGGGUUUAUAUGUUCAGUUCGGUUCUUGUGCUGGAGCUGAAUUUGACAUUUCUCACUGCGGAUGUUUUUAGAAGUAUCAUAGGGCUCAAUGACGCACUGGACUUGAAAAUUUACCUGUUUUUGAAAAGAGAAAAUUUUGAACUUCUUAAAGACCUGGUUAUUUGCUUCAAGAAGACUCCUGACAGCAAAUUGACGAAUCUUAUGAAGAAGAAGAAAAUAGCGCAGCAAGAUUUGAAGUGUUACCUGUCGUAUGAUAUUGAUUUUACGAUGUACGAGAUCGAAGUGUUUUUUGAACUCUAUGAGAGCGGAGUGGACGAGAACGGUUUGAGAAUUCUGUUGCAGUAUGAAAAUGAUGAGGAUUCGUUCAAAUCGUUCCAAUUUUUGUUAAGGCAUGGAGUCGAAGACGUGUUUAAGUAUUUCAACAGAGAAAAUGAUUUGAUAUACAACUACCUAAGAGAUAGCGAUUUGAAGUUGUGCUUUGAAUACAUAAAAGGACAUGAGAGAUACAAAUCCAUUUUCUUGAAGAGUAUCGAUGCAUCGAUGUGCUGCUUGGAGGAAGCACGAAUCGCUUAUGAGCUGCUCGAUCGGACGCUCAUAGUUGACAAUAAUGUUGUUUUGCCAAACAACGAAGACAUGGCUGAAAAUGAAAAUCUUUUAACAUACACAAGGUACGAUUCGGCUGUUACCGGUAGGUUGAGAAAGGCUGUAAAUACUGAAGAUGGUAAUUUAUAUUACAAGUGUAUUUAUAACGACGUUACUGGCCUGAUCGCUCAGCACAGGGAAGAUGACAUUUUCUAUAUCCUCAGCUACAUACGACCAAAAGAUGUACAACCGUAUAUAAACGAUUUAUUCGGCCAUGACAAUCGAAUCAUAAAGAUACAUUUAUGGGACAAGUUUUACACAUUUGUAAUCAUGCAGCAAAUCGAAUGUGUGCUGAAUGAGCGCAAAAAUGAGGAACACAUGGUUUUGAUUCUUGAAAACGUUGAAAAGAUAAGAUUGCCGACUUUGCUCCGGCUUUACCACCAUCAGAACAAACAGAUCUCUGAUUUGAGUUUACAAAAAUUGAAGAAACUGAAAAUUCAGAACAAGAACCUUAGCGAUGUGCGGCUAAAAAUAAUAAAUUAUCUCACAGAAAAGAACCAAGGCAAUUCGUUUAUUGAUAACAUAGUGUUUACGUCGGAAUUAGACAAAGAAUCGUUGGAAAUUUGCAUUUUGUUGGUAAAGAAAAGCAGGAACAUGAUACUGGCGGAGAAAUUGCUUUGUCUGACAAAGCAAAGGAACAUAUGUGAAUAUUUGAAAGAUAUUUUGUGCGUUUUGAAUGGUGAACUUAUCAUUAAGUAUGUGAAUGAACUGAAAUAUAUGCUGAACAAGGAUGACCUGAUUGUUUUUGUACAAGAAAAAAUGGGGAGUGUCUGCUUGGAGAAUGCUAAGCUGGUGGUAAAAAUUUUAGAAAUCAUGGAUAUGGAUGUAAAUGUGGUAAUUUCUAGAGAAGAGAUAGCAGAAUUUGAGAAUGUUGUUGUUUGUAAAAAUGAUCUUUCAUUUGACACGGCUGGUGAACGCAAAAGUGGGGCAAAGAACGACCGAUUAGAAACUGGUGUUCUCUACGAAGAAUUCUUUGACAACAUUGAUAGCAUGAGGAACCUGACUGACAACAAAGUCGUCAACAAGCUCUUCGUUCUGGCGGCAUGCGCACCCGUUCUGCCAUCAUUCCGUAGGUACAUAGGGGACAUGCUCAACCUCAUAUUUUCUGAGUUUUAUUUUGAAAAUAAGAUAUCGGUGAUGUGUUUGACCUCGAUUAUUGAGAACACGAGCGAUUUUACCUGGCACAUUCUCCAAUUUUUGAAAAAUAUCGCUUCGAAAACAUCCUCAAACAACAAGCAGCGCAUCUUAGAGAUAGUCGAUUUAAUCUACAACAAAUAUUUGAGCAGUGAUAAUGCAUCAAUGAAAACACAGAUAAUACCAAAAACUGAGUCUGAAAGACAAAUGGAGGAAGAAUAUAUGUUUACAGAAGUACUUUUCCUCACUUUUGUGUUGAAGAACGACAGCAACACGGUCAUAGCGAAGGAGUUUUCUAAAUUUUUUGGUAGAAUAUACGGACCAAAGAAUAUAAAAAAAUAUUUUGGAGAAAUCAUACGGAACCUUAACCAUUUCUACUGUGUGAAUGCAGCGGACGAAGUUAUAAUGAAAUACCGGAUCGAGCUCGCGGAUUGUGUAUCGAGUCUUAACAACGAAUUUCUCAUACGAUGCCUGCACAAUGGGUUUAUGACAAAGGAAAUUAUAAAACUUGCGUUUGAGGAUCAAAAAACCAAAGUUAUCAGGCAUAUUCUUGAAAAUGAGAAAGAUAAGAUCGAACUCGGCGAAAUAGUAGAGACAAGUAAUUUUAAUAGGAAUAUUCAUCUGUUUGAUGAUGAAACAUUGAUCAGGAUGUUUUUCAUAAACUAUGAUCAUGAUAUCAUCAAGUUUGUGGGGAACACUGACAUCUUGUACAUCCAUUUUUUGGAACUUGCGAUUUGCAAGAAAGGAGGCUCUGAGGAUGACCAAAAGUUUUUCCGUGAAUACAGCGCAUUGAAAAAAGAUAUGAUAUUGAAUCUCAGUCCUACUCGCCAGGUAGAGGAACUCUUACUUAGAUCUGACAGGGCCAUGAUUACAGAUUAUCUCAUGUAUCAAGAAGUAGUCGUUGAUCAUGGUAACCUCAAAACAUUGAUCUCAAAAAUUUCCGAGGAUUGCGUGUUCCUGCUGGGUAAAAUCAGUGUUAACUAUCUUCUGUUCCUCAACAUAAACUUGAUUAUAACAUAUUUGGGCAAAGAACAUUUCAGCACAUUCAAAGAACGUUUGAGCGAGGUUACUGACCAGAGAAACGCAGCAUUGUACUGUUUGCGGUGCUAUCUAGAUGCAAACCUUCGACCAGGUGUAAUUUAUUGUUUGAGGAAAAUAAAAUACCACACAAUAGAUGAUGAAUGUGAUGUCUUGAGGUACUACGUCGGUAAUUUAUUGAAAACGAAUUAUUAAAACGGUGAACAUUUUGCACAUUGAUUUGACAGAUUCUUCAUAUAAACGGACUUUGAGGCGCAUUUAGAUACAUCAUAGCUGC